UCCAAAUUCGUCGCAAAGCAUGCGCUCAUCUCCGAAUGUGAUCAUCACCGGCACCCCGGGGUGGGGAAGACGGUACACUGUGAGCAAUUGGCCGAGGAGAUCGGAUUAAAACAUCUAUCCAUCAACCAGAUCGCCAAGGACCGGGACUGCCAUGAGACCUACGAUGAGGAGCUCAAGACCUGGGUAGUGGAUGAAGACAAGCUAUUGGAUGCGAUAGAAGACGAAGUCCUCAAGGGCGGAUAUCUCAUCGACUGGCAUGCUUGCGACCUAUUUCCUAAAUCCUGGAUCGACCUUGUCGUGGUCCUCCGAUGCCCGUCGACGUCUGUUCAUUAUGACCGCCUUUCCUCAAGGGGCUACCACGAAGAGAAACUACAAGAGAACUUGGAUGCGGAGAUUUUCGGGGUUCUUCUCGAGGAAGCGCAGGAAGCUUUUGAUGAGGAAAUUGUGGUGGAACUGAACAGUGAGAAAUCGGAAGAUGUUGACAGCAAUUGCGCCAGAAUCGCCCAAUGGGUGGAGAACUGGAAGAAACAGCAGGCCGAAGAGACCAGUUGA